AACAUUUUCAGUCUUUUUUUCAAAAUCUUAUACUUUUUCCGGGAAAUGGUUUCCACCGAGGAUCAAGAAAAAUAGUGUAUCAAGGCGAAAGUGACUGCGUGCAUGACGCCCUUGGCUUUGCCUCGGGCGUCAACAUCAAGCAGUGGCGUGCCGACAACGAUCUUUCGUUCCAUUUUGGAAACUCAGGUGGUGGUAACUCUGCGUAUAAAUCUGCUUUAUACCAAAUGCCGGGGUUGGGUUUGCACGGGCUUGCCGUCGAUUCCCUCCAUGCCCCAAUGGCAGGAUAUCCUGGAGCAAACCAAAGAAAGCAAAGGCGAGAACGUACGACAUUUACGAGGGCGCAGUUGGAUGUGUUGGAAGCCUUGUUUUCAAAGACUAGAUACCCCGAUAUAUUCAUGAGAGAGGAGGUGGCCUUAAAAAUUAAUUUACCUGAAUCGAGAGUACAGGUAUGGUUCAAAAAUAGAAGAGCGAAAUGUCGACAACAGCAAAAGCAAGCUACACAGCAAAAUGCGACGUCAAGUAGCGAAAAACCAACUUCAAGAAUCAAAUCGAAACAAUCAAAUGUUGUAGCUAAAGCCGCGCCCACUACUCCUGUAUCUGUUAGCAGUACCAGCAACAAUACCAGUACGAGUUCCUCGGCUAGUUCACCUUCAGUACAUCCAGCCUCACAUCUCAGAGAUAGUCCGAACUGUGCAAAACCUCAGCAUUUAGGUCCGGGUGCAGGUAUCAGUUCUCCCGCUAUUGCUACAACUGCCUACAGCAAUACGGUAAAUUCCAGUAUAUGGUCACCGGCGGCUAUAGACGCUUUCUCCAUAGAUCAACCCAGAUGGGGAGCAUCGUCCCAAGGCAGUAUAAUGAGUACAAAUUCAGGAGCGGGUUAUAACAAUUAUUACUACUCGAACAUGGAUUACAUCAGCAGUAAUGGAGUCAACCACACCCAGUUUGGGGAAAAUGGCGUUGAACCAGGUUGGGGACGGAACAGAGAUGAUUCAGCUUGGUUGUAUAGCAGCACUUGGGAUCGAAAAUGAAACUGUAUCAAUGUUUCGUAUGUGUAGAACAAUUUUUAGUUCCUUGCUGAUAUAGUUUUAGUAUGUGAAAUAGAACCAAUUAUACCUAUUUUGACAACAUAGCCUUAUAACCACCAAUAUUUUUUCAAUUAUCACUUUUUAAACAAGCAGUUCAUAUCAGUAAUUAUCUACAGAAAACACAGAUGCAUAAAAACAAAUCAACUUGCGUUCUGUUCUGGAAAUUUACAGCGUCUAGUAAAAAUAGAGCAUCAAUUAGGUACAGAAAAUAUGUAAAUAUACAAUUGUAUAUUAACGAAUAGACCUACUGACCAAUAACAAUAAUUUUGACGAAUUUAAUGUGUGUGAAACUUUAUUAGAUUGUGCCAACAGCUCUGUGAAAGGUCAUCGAAAAUAUAUUUCGUAAUUUUCUAAACUUGUACAUAUCUCUUAGCAUGUAAUCUGUAAAUUUGUUCGGUGAUUGUUAGAGUAAUUUUAGUUAAAUAUGCAUAUUACGUUAUACAUAUCUGCUUACAUGUUUCACUGUUAAAUAUUCCCGUAAACAAUCGCGUGUAUCCAAAAUCAACGAUUUACAAAUCAUACAGUCAGUUCUUCAUUGCUAUAAAAAAAUAAUUGGCUUUUAAAGAAUUAAAGUAAGCCAUGUAAGUAGAUAUGAAAUCUUGGAAAGAAAACCGAAUCUAAGAUAAUAAUAGAGUUGUAAAUAUUAAGCGAACGUAGAUGAUCUCAAAAAUUUGUAAGGCCUAAGCAGGUAUUUUUUAGUAUGUUUUUGUUUGUUUACACUUAAACAAGUGGGAAAAACUAUUGUGCAAUCAGAAAUAUACUCUUUGAAAUUCAA